AUGGCACGUCUGCAGAUCCACCCCGUCGGACUGGCGGUGGUUAUAUUUGGGCUUUUAAGCUGGAUCGUGACCCUCGCAGGCGUCGGUGCGGCCAGCUACCAAUGCCAGACUACGCAAUCAUACGAGCUCUGCGCUAAGGAUUAUCAGUGGGAGUGGUGGAGCGUGUGGUUUGAGUUCGCCCUUCUCCUGGCGCUCUUCAUCACCUGCUUCCUGGAGCGCUCCUUCAAGCGUGGGCAGAUCGUUUUCCUUGCCUUCUUCGUGCUGGCCACCAUGUGCGUCAUGCUGUCAGCCCACAAUUUCAUCACACAGGUCGCGCUUGGUCCCAUCAACGUCAGGGACAUCGGUCAGGACUCGGUCAAUGCGGCGGCCGCCGGGUUUGUGCUGCUGGGCAUCACCAACUUUGUGCUCAUUAUCGUUCUGGGCAAGGACUUUGGGGUGCCCCAGGGAAUGACAAACCCCUACCAGCAGCCAGGCGCCGGCCUGCACGCCAUCCAGUUUCAGACCUCAGCGCCUGUCUGA